AUGUUCUUCAUCGAUGUUAUUUGGAAAUUGUUUCCUCUAUACUUGUUUGGAUCAGAAAGAGACUAUCUCUCAGAAACAGAGUCCCUUUUGCAGAUACUUCCAGAGACAAUGGCUGCUUCUUCAUCAAGCAUCAUCCUUUGCAAUGCCGGAGAAUCAGACAUUUGCCGAGACGAUUCCGCCGCGUUUCUACUCAAACUAGUAGCAAUCGCUUCGAUUCUCUUAGCUGGAGCAGCAGGUGUAGCUAUACCGCUCAUCGGCAGGAACCGCCGGUUCCUUCAAACCGACGGCAGUCUCUUCGUGGCCGCUAAAGCCUUUGCAGCCGGCGUGAUCCUCGCCACGGGGUUCGUUCACAUGUUAGCCGGUGGCACGGAGGCUUUGACCAACCCUUGCUUACCGGAGUUUCCUUGGAAGAAGUUUCCUUUCCCGGGGUUUUUCGCCAUGGUUGCUGCUUUGCUCACUCUGCUUGUUGACUUCAUGGGGACUCAGUACUAUGAGAGGAAGCAAGAAAGAGAAGCUACUACUCAUUCUGAUCAACUGCCGCCAUUGUUGUCUGGUCCUGAACAGUCGCCGGGGAUGGUUGUUCCGGUGGCUGCGGAAGGAGGGAACGACGAGAAAGUGUUUGGAGAAGAAGACAGUGGAGGGAUUCACAUUGUUGGCAUUCAUGCUCAUGCUGCUCACCAUACACAUCAUCACACUCAAGGUCAAAGUUCUUGUGAUGGUCACCGUAAAAUCGACAUUGGUCACGCUCAUGGACAUGGACACGGACAUGGACAUGGUCACUCGCAUGGAGGUUCGGAGCUUGGAAAUGGAGCUAGGCAUGUCGUUGUGUCUCAGGUUCUUGAGCUUGGAAUCGUGUCACACUCGAUUAUCAUCGGAAUAUCACUCGGAGCAUCUCAAUCUCCUUGCACGAUCCGGCCACUAAUCGCUGCGCUGUCUUUCCACCAGUUCUUUGAAGGAUUCGCGCUCGGGGGAUGCAUCUCUCAAGCGCAGUUCAAUAACAAGUCUGCAACGAUCAUGGCUUGCUUUUUCGCACUCACGACGCCGAUCAGUAUCGGUAUUGGAACGGCAGUGGCUUCGUCUUUUAAUGCUCAUAGCGUGGGAGCAUUGGUCACGGAAGGUGUAUUGGAUUCGCUAUCGGCGGGGAUUCUUGUGUACAUGGCUUUAGUUGAUCUCAUAGCUGCUGAUUUCUUGAGUAAGAGGAUGAGUUGUAACUUUAGGCUUCAGAUUGUUUCUUACCUAUUGUUGUUCCUUGGUUCUGGACUCAUGUCUAGUCUUGCUAUUUGGGCUUAG